AUGAAUGCGGCUCCGACACCCCCGGAAGCUUACCCGCCGCGCUCGGACAAACUCAAUGCGGACACACAAGAGAUGUCCAACGAAGUCGCAGAGAUACUUAGACUGCCUGAAACUGAGACACUCCUCACUCAUUAUGACGAGUUUAUAUGUCCACAUCAGAUCUCCGAGAUUGGUAAUGAGAGCGACAACCCGUAUCGAUCAUAUAUUCUUCCCCUAGCCCGGAAGCAGAUUGGUUUACUAUACGCUGUACUUGGCUUUUCCGCCUCGCAUCUUGGGCAGUUGACGGGGAACCAAACGAUGCACGAAGCCACUGCAGUGGAAUAUCGCAUGAAAGCUAUACGUGCCCUCAGUGAAGAGAUCCGUAGAAGUCAAGCAUCAACUUUGCUGGAGGAUGAGCAAGAUGCUGUUCUUGCCAUCAUCCAGAUUUUAUUGCUUCAUGAUAUAGCCGAAUCCGGAAUUUCGACUCAUGGAAUUCAUAUAACGGGAGCUAUGUCCGUUUGCAAGCGGUUAUUGAUCUCCGAGGGACUAAGUGGCCACCGUCGGCGGGCUGUGUUCUUUCUGGGUAACCUCGCCUGGCUUGAUAUUAUCCGCGCUUUUGCCGGUCCAGAACGCCUCUGCUUCUCUCAAGAUAUCCGAGAACUGGUUGCAUGUGCAAGUGAAAGCACAUUUGAGAUGGUCAACGGAUGUCCUCGGGAAGUGUUCCUGAUUAUUGGUGGUAUUCUGGAAAAAUCCAAAGAGCACACACUGGGGUGGCUUACGUGGGAUGAAUAUCAGAUCGCCAUGCUUGUGGCCAAGCACAAGCUAUACUCUUGGGAUAGUAAAGAGAAGAUGUAUCCCAGUACUGACCCUCGUUGGCUGGCUGUGGCGGAGAGUUUCCGGUUUGCAUGUAUAUUACGCAUACUUCGCUUACUGGAUGAUCUCCGUCCGGCAAAAAGCCCAGAGAUACAAGAAUGUGUGGCUCGGAUCUUAGAUGCAACCGCCACCAUACCUUCGGACUGUCCAUUGAUCGAACUGCUCAUUUUGCCUCUCUUCAUGGCUGGAGCAGACUCCCUUGCACGCCAUUCACAGUAUUACAUUCUAUCUCGAUUCAAAGAGAUUGAAAGGAGAUCCGAAAUUCGCAACCCAGUGCCUAGAGACCUUCUAGAGAAAGUAUGGGCUGCUCGUGCUGCCCAACCACCUGACGAUGAUAAAAAUGUCUCUUGGACAAGCUUUAAACAUAAAUUAGUUGCUAUAUCAUAUUAUGAAUUAAACGAAAUGCUAUUACGAUGUUGCCUAAAGCGAGGAGACAUUGUAAUCUUCUGGUGGUUAUGCGCGCUUUACCACAGUAUACAAGCCUUCAUACCCCCCCGCCUUGUGUCUAAUGCAGGCGCAGUUUGGACACGAACCUCCUCGCAAAUCUUGAACUUGAACUGUUUCUCGCGCAUCGAUUUAUCUUCACGCAACCGGUGCAACAUCGUCAAUAAGCUCGCUAUUACAACGGCUUCCUGCUCCUGCCCACCGCUUUCAGGGAGCAACAGCACUCCUUCGCUGAAGUCUGUAGGUAGCCACACCACAAUGCCAACAUGA